CCUAGUUCAUUGCCUGCUUCGGUGCUCUUGCAACAUACGCCCACAACGCUGACCAUCUUUGACGCCUAUCCCAAGUCGAUGUUCCAUUUUUUGAUCCUGCCGCGCGUUCUGACCUCAGAACCUGCGCUCACGGCCAAGGAUAUCUCUAGUCUUAGAACACUGUGCAAGCGUGGCAAGGAUCAAGCGAAAGCGGUGGUAUUCGGUUUAGCAGAGGAGGCGCAACGGGUUCGCGCCACCAUUGAGGAAGAGAUGGUCAAUCGCUAUGGCUUCAAGUGGGAAAUAUGGACGGGCUUUCACACCGUUCCCUCCAUGGAGCACCUACACCUUCAUGUUCUCUCAGCGGAUCUGGUCUCUUCUGCGAUGAAGAACAAAAGGCAUUACAAUUCUUUCCAUCCCACGCGCGGCUUCUUCCUUCACCUGGAUGAAGUCCUCUCCUGGUUUGAUAGUGACGAUUCGAGUUUUGCGACAAUGUCCGCGCUCGACCCUACCCGAUACGAGAGUCUGCUGAAAGAGGAUCUGUCCUGCUUCCGGUGUGAGCAAGAAUUCAAGCAGAUGCCCAAACUCAAGGAACAUCUGAAGGAAGAAUGGGAAAAACGAAGAAAGCGU